UGAGUGUCACCGGUCACCAUUUCCGAAUUUGUUAAAUCUUAUUUCAUAAACCUAUUCUAUAAUUAUUCAAUAAUUUAUAUUAUAUAAGACUGUGUGUAUUUACUAUUUUUAUAAAUUAAAUAAAAUGGAGGUUGGAGCAGUGAAGCAGGCAUUUAAUAAUGAGGUUAUUCACCUUAAAAAACCUUUAAAUCAGGCAAAGAUUCAAACAAUACACAAGUUGACUAGGAAAGCCAAAACAUUUAAUGAAAAGAAAGCACCUGAUCAUAUAAAAGAUAAAUUGAAACGUAAAGCAGAAUCAGCUGUUAAUGAAGUGUUAAUUAUCAAGAAACUCAAGCCACGGAUUAUAGCCCGAUUUAUUAUAACACAUUCAGGUAGUCUUAAUGAUCAUUUAAAUAAGCCUACAGUAGACCAAGAUAAAGCCUGUGCUAGGCUACUACUUCACAAGUCUCUGCAAGACAAAUACAAGUUAAUAAAAGAAAAGUUUGGUAAUAUAUCCAUAAAUGACUUGCUUAUGUCAAGACAAGAGAGGAGAAAGCUAAAGAAAGAAAUGCUUGAUAAACAGAAGAAUAAAAAGAAAGACAAAGAACAGAGGAAUAAAGAUAGAAAUACUAGAAAUAUGGAUGAUCAAAAUGAUGUUGAAAUUGACACAACCGAAUUUAAUCAUGAUGAUAAGGAACCAAGACAGAAAAAUAAAAUAAUAGAUAUACAUAUCAAAAAUUUACUUUUGGACAGUGAUAUAGCUGAUGCUAAAAGUGAUGAUAAAAAGACAAUAGAUGUUACUAAUGACAAUGUUAAACUAAAACAAAAAAAUAAAAACAAAGGUAAUAGGGAGAAGAGAAAUGAAACCUUUAAAAGUAGUUCUGAUAUUCAAAGUGAAAUUGAUAAUGAUGCAGUAAUAUCAGACAGUUGCCAGUCAGGUAACAAAGAUUCUUCAGAUGAAGAAGAAAAAAAUUCAGAGGCAUCUACUAGUGAUAGAGAUGAAAGUGAAGAAGAGAUAGAUAAUGAACUUGGAAAGUUUGUAAAGCUAAAGCAUGAACAUAUAACGAAAAUUACACCAGUGCAUGAGAACACUAAGAAGAAGCCAGAAAAACGAAAAGCAAACAAAAAAAAUAAGAACAUUAAAGAAAAAAUACGGAAAAGAAAUUUCCAUAAAGAUUUAGAUGAACCAAUACCUGCUGUAGCUAAAGUAGUUGAUCCCUUCUUUAUAACAUCUACAGGCGAUAAUUACUUAUCUGUUGCUGAGCCAAGACCACCAGAUGAAGUGAAAGAAGUUCAUAAACAGGGAAACAGAAAGUAUAGAAGAGCUGUGAUGUUUGGUCAUGUUCCUAAAAAUAGUACUAAACCACGAAGAGAUAAUUUUAAAACUAACUCACGUUUUAAUUCUGCUGAUCAGGACCAAAUAAGUAGUACAAAAAAAUUUAGAAAAGAUGAAAAUGGACUACACAGACAUAAGAAUGAUAAUUUUGCCCAAAAUAAAUUAAAAAAUUUAGAAAGUGAGGAAAAACUAGAAAAAUUGCAUCCAUCUUGGGAGGCAAAGAAAAAGCAAUCGUCAAUCUUACCAUUUCUGGGAAAAAAGAUUGUUUUUGACAAUAGUUGAUUUAAAAUUCAAUCAAAAGAUAAUGUAUUUAAUUUUUAAAAAGAGGAAAUAUAAGUUCAUUAUAAUUUGAUAAACAUAAA